CCAAAAUAUAACAAAAGCAAUAUGGGUCAAGCUUGCUGAAGAAACGGAGUCACUAUUAAGACAAAAUUCUCUACUCCUGAUAGGAGCGAUGAUAAACUCCAGUUCUGAAUGAAUGGAGAAAAGCAGUCAAGCAGUAAUCUUAAGCAAUUGCAAGAAGUCAUUGAGGAAAACGAUGAAGAAGAAAGCUCUACGAUGGAUGUCAAAGCCACUGAGAAGAAGAGAGCAUUUCAAAUAUUUAACCCCAAUGAUAUCAAGAAUGGCUUAAAAUAAACUCAGAGAGAACAAAAAGAAAGUGUUGGACCAAGCUAUCGCUAAAGAAAAGAUGUGUGAAAGUCAGAAUAGAGAUGAAGAUACAAUUGAUGAAGCUACGCCGACUCACAAGUCUAAGAUCGCAUCAUCAAAAUAUAAAAGACCAGAAGAUAGCAAGUCAUCUUCUCAAUGUCUCAUGGCUGAUCCCAAGUGAGUCAUGGAGAAAGAAGUCAGCAAUAGAGGUAAUCUAAAUUUUGAAGCUGCUGUGAGAAGAACAAGGAAUGUAUUGCGUAGCAUUAAAGGGGAGUUGUACUCAUCUGAUUCUUCACAAAGCUCUUCAAUAGAAUCAGAAGGGCUUGAGUUCAGACUUGGGGAUUAUAUAGAUACUGGUUCUAUCGGUGCUACCUAUCGAGCACUAGACUGAAAUACUGCCAAGCUAAUCACAGUGAAGUACUUUGAUGUUGAAGGACUUGAGGAAUCAAAGAAAUUCGAGUAUAUUGAUAGACUCAAUAAAUACUUAUCAGAGAUUAAGGCAAUGAAAGACCCUAAUAUUGUAAAAUAUAUCUCGGCAGAAGAGGGUCAAGAGGAAGGUGGAAUGGUGGCCCUUGCCAUGGAAUACAUUCCAGGAGGAUCAAUCAUGUAUCUCCUCAAAUUCUUUAAAUCCUUUAAAGAAACAUUAGUGAAAAUCUAUGUGAACCAAGUUGUAAAAGUUUUGAAGAGACUCCAUGAUAAAGGUAUAGUCCAUGGAGAUCUUAAAACUUCCAAUCUGCUAGUAGAUGAUCUUGGAACAGUUAAGAUAUCAGACUUUGGGUUCUUAAAAACGUUGUAUAAUGAAUAUUGUCCUGAAAAAGUCCAUAACUUGGCUGAUACGAUCUAUCGACAUCAAGAUGAAGAUCUUAAAGAAAAUUUAGCAACAGAUAAGCCAGAAUUAGAGCUUUGAACUAAAACUAAAAAGAAACUAUUGACUCCACUGGUGAAUUCUUACUUCACCUGCCCUCCAGAAGUACAUAAGAAGGAAUGAUAUUCACUUCAUCCCAGCUAUGAUGUCUGGAGUCUUGGCUGAAUCACUUAUGAAAUGCUUACAGGGGAAAUGCUUAUGUAUGAUAGUAGCAAUCUUGAGACUAUCCAAGUCCCUGAAACAUGUUCAGAGGACUUAAGAGACUUUCUGGCAACUUGACUGGAAUGUGAUCCUAAAAAUAGAGCAACAAUAAAAAAUUUAGUGAAGCAUCCUUUCCUUGAUAUCGAAGAGAGGACUUUCCAAGAAUCUCAUGAAACCAUUAGCUUUAUGUCUCUUUAUAGCAUGGUUGCUCAAGAAGGUAGCCAAGAGCCUAAAAGACAUACAGAGAGUGUUGAAAGACUUUCAAUUCUUCAAAAGAGAAGUAAAUAUCAAGAAAGAGAUAGCAUACUAAGUUCUUAUAAAGUAUCUCCUCAGCUUUCAAAGAAGCUUGGGUUAGAGUCAGCUCAAGACAGGAAGGCAUCUCUAAGACACGUAAACAUUGACAUCGAAUCUCUCAAAAGGUAUUCAAAGAACAGCAUCAUGCUUCAGUCUUUGACAAAUAUGAAACCUGAUGAUCUGAACCCUCCCAAAAUCCCUCAGCGCAGCAGUGAAGAACAGAUGUUUGAGUCUUCAAAGCUCACUCUCGUUCUGAAGAAAAUCCAGGCGAAGAAUUAAUAUUAAGUACAACUUUGUUAAGAAUUU